AUGACUGCAGCAACAAUCACCGCAACCUGCGCCUGCAAGGCCUUUACCUACGACACCACCUUCCCUCCUUCCUCAUUACCAUACCCCCACGCUCUCUGCCUCUGCAACAGCUGUCGCCGUCUCACUGGCUCCUGCGGCACCUCCUACAUCACCAUCCCCGCAACCCACUCCAUCGACCCCGCAAACUACAACCUCACAUCCUACAACACAUCCGACCGUCUUACGUACUAUUUCUGCUCAACAUGCGGUGCGCAUGUGCUCGUUUAUCGCGUUGAGAGUAAGACUUGGCUCCUUACGACAGGUACAUGGGAUCGUACGGAGGGUGUUGUGGAGUGGACUGGCUGUAAAUGGGUGCAAGGUACGUUGGAUGGUGGGGUGAGUGUUUGGCUCAGGGCAAUUGGAGGGGUGGAUGGAACGAAGAGGGCUUUGAAGAAGUGGAUAUUGGUUGAUGAAGAUGAAAGCGGGCAUGGGGAACUUGUCCCUGAUGGCACAUUGGAAACUCUCCCACCGAACAAAAAGAGGAAUUCGGAUAAGUUGAAGGCACAGUGUCAUUGCGGUGGUGUCAAGUUCUACAUCACUCGUCCAAAUGAAGGUUCCAAGGCCGUUCGCGCUCCGUUUCCGGAUUUGAUGGCUGCGCGUCAUAGCCAUUCGCCUGCAAAUCCGGAGAAUAAGACGUGGUGGCUACGGAGUAAUGAUACGAAAUACCUUGCUGGGACUUGCACUUGCACGUCUUGUCGUCUUGCCUCUGGAUUUGAGAUUCAGCCUUGGGCGUUUGUGCCAGACUGCAAUAUCUUCCAAGAGGACGGCAAGCCUUUCGAUUUCCACAUGGGGACUUUGAAAAGGUAUGACAGCUCCAAGAACAUCUUUCGGGAAUUCUGCGCAGUUUGUGGAGCUACGGUCUUCUGGCAUAGUACAGAGAGGCCGGGGUUGAUGGAUAUCAGUGUUGGCUUGCUUGAUCCUGAAGAGGGAGCUAGGGUGGAGAGUUGGUUGGAGUGGUGGACUGGCAGAGUGAGUUUUGAAGAAUUGGCCGUAAGCAGGAGUCUUGUUGCCAGCUUGGAGGAUGGAUUGAAGAAUUGGAAGCAGAAAUGUUGA